UGUGUGUGUUUCAUUCAUUAAGACAAGUGUGUCAUUUAAUUACAUUUACUAGUAUUUCCAUAAGCCAUAUGUCGGAACAGGAGGUAGGGUAGGCAACGUUAUCACCUUCCUGGUUCCAUGGUGUCUCGUGGCUUUACAGUAGGCUCUCUGGCCGUGUGCUGCAGCUUUAAUUCCAAAGGGGUGACGUCAGAUAUUUUUGACGGGAGGAAGGAGUAACGGUAUCCGCAGAGAAUGAAGGAUGUCAACAAUGUCACGGAUGGAUUCUAGUGCCCGCUUCUCCGCACCACCAUGAUAAGUGAGGAGUUCGUCGCCGGGGCGAUGGCACCGGCGGUCCGGAGAGGAUGCUGGACCGCAUGGUGCCAAGUGAUACUAUUCGCCGUGUCGGCUCUCGUGAUCGUGGCGGAGAGAACCGCGCUGCUGUACUGCGUUGGAUACUACCUGUGGGUGGGGGAGAGCCUGUGGGCAGCCUGGACCCUGGCGCUGCUGGUGCCGGGGGCACUGGUGCAGGUGAUCAGCUGCUGGUGGUACCUGGCUGACGGAGACCAGCGCCGAGGCUUCCUGGCCCUCACACACCUGCUGCACCUUGGCAUCUUCAAGAGGUUCUGGGACUGCAUGUCAUCGGUGUUGCACAUGCAGGGCUCAGCGGGUCAGCUGGGUAUGGCCGUUAUGCAGCAGGCUGACGUGGCGGGGCUCCGCCUGUUGGAGGCGCUGCUGGUCACGCUCCCGCAGACCCUUCUGCAGACCUACGUGCUGGUGGCCACAGAUGUGGGCCUCUGCUCCCCAGUGUCCCUAUGCUGUGGGAUGUGCCUGUUCUCUCUCUCCUGGGCGCUGGUUCUGUUCAGUCGGGCGUGUUGUCUGAUCCGGCCGGGCCAUCUGGCCAUGCCCCCUGCCGCCCUGCUGUGCCAGCUGCUGUGGAGGGCGGGCAUGCUGGGCGCCCGCGUCGCCAGCCUCAUGUUCUUCACCAGCGUCUUUGGCUGGUGGGUGUGCGGGGUCAUAGGGUUCCACUGGGUGACGGCGUUCUUCUGGCUGAUGUCGCAGCAGACUGACAUCUGCGCGGGGCCGUGGCGCUGGCGUGUGUUCAACGGCACGCUGGCCAUCGUGCACGUCUUCUGCUUCCUCAACGUCAAAGACGGGCCCUCGCGCUUCCGCAUGGCCGGCUUCUACCUGGUCAUGUUUCUUGAGAACACCACACUGAUGCUGGCCGCCUCAGACUUCCUGAAUGAGGCAUCGUGGGAUAGGCUGACCAUGCCCACUGCUGUACUCUGCAGUUUCCUGUCAGGCUUGACAUCUCUGAUGCUGUACUACCGCUUCCUGCACCCCAAGUCCACUGAGAUCUCUCUGGGCCUCCAGCAUGGCGGUGGCAGCCACAUGGGCAGCACCUGUCUGGACUUGGAGCGCGGGGAGUCCUCCUUCUCCCUGGGGGGCGACAAGACCCUGCCGGCACCCCCUUCCCUCCACCUGGCUUCCCACCCCAGUUUCUCGCUCUCUGGCAUGGCCGGGUCCCUGCUGGAGCCCCCGGCCAACUGUGCGGGGGGAAAGGGCGGAUGUGGCCAAGGGGGGUGUAGGCACCACCACUGGCUCCUCAUCCGCCUAGCACUGAAGACGGGCGACCCCGGGAGGAUCAACCGCGCCUACGGGGCUGGCGGGGUGGCGGCCAUGCUGGGAGUGGCCGGAUGCCCACCCGGGUUGAAGGGCGACGGGGGGAUGAUGGAGGAAGGGAUGCUGGGGAAGGGGAGAAGAGAGGAAGAGGAGGAUGAUGAAGAGCAGGCUCUGGCGCCGCUGUCGGACUGCAAAGAUGAGUUUCAAAGCGCCAGUGAGGAUGAGCCCACUUCACGUGCGGACAACGGCAGGGUCGCCGGUGGUUCCGUCGAAGACGACGAUGACGAGAGCCUACCGAUGGAGAGUCCACUGGAAUCUCCCGGGUCGGACUGCAAGCGCAGCUCGCCGGAGGGUAAGUCGGUGCUGGGGGACAGCCCCGAGCCCUGCUUCUGCCCCACCGAGUCCAGCUCCACGCUCUACUUCAGCGCCGACCCGCAGUCGCCCAGCAGCGCCAGCAACCCGCGGCUGGACCGCGACACCACCGCCUUCGGCUUCGGGGCCGAGAGUUUGGCUGAGCUGAGCAGCCCCGUGGGCAGCGAGCGCGGGGGCCAUGUGGGGCCUCUGGGACGCUUGGGGCCCUGCUACAGCUCCACGCCCCGGCUGGAUGGGGCGCACGGCGGGACAGGGACAGGGAUAGGGGUGGGGGUGGCGGUAGGGGGGGACACGGGUUUGGGGGUGCCCCACCUGAGUGGACCACGGAAGCAGCUGGUGCUGUCUCGAAGAGGGCUGGAGGAAGAUGCGGGUUUCUGAGGGUGCUGGUGUGUGUGUGUGUGUGUGUACGUACUUCAGUGUGUGUGAUUCUUAUUUAUUUCAGCCAUUGGCCUGUGUGUGUGUGUGUGCAUGGGUAUGUGUCUAAAUAUUUACAUGUGUGUGCGCAUGAAGGGUUGCGUCUGAACGCAUGCGUAUGUUUAUGUAUGCUUGUUGACAUACAUUUCCAUGUGUGAGUGUCUUUGCGUGUCUGCAAGUCUGUAUGUAAUGACUCACCCGUUUUGUUUAUCACUCAGAUCUAUUGUGUGACUGUGUGUGUUGGUGGGGGAGCAGGGUUGCGGUGCAGCUCUUCCCAUUGUCUACCCCAAGGAGAAACCCUUGCUGUCUGGUUCUCCCCUCUCCUUCCUCAUCUCUGUCGAUGUAACUAAUGUCAGCCACCACGGUUUAAAAGCACAAGCCUUUUACAGUCACCUGGACACUUUAAAAAAAAAAAAAAAAAAAAAAGCUCUGGGGAGCCAUAACAGGGCCUGCUCACAAGUGGUAAAGGUGCUAUCGACAAGCUAAAUAGCACCUUUAAAGCUUCUGAGCAAAACCAGUAAAGCAGAACCAGUUAGAUACCGUUUGAAUCUUCUCCAGAGCUUUUAUUAUGACACCACAGAGCACUCUUAAAAUUCUGUGACACAGUUCUCUCAGAUGACAAAGAGAAGCCCUACUCAAGAUGGCUGACAACCAUGCUUGUCAUGCCGUGGCUCCUUCAGAUGGGCAGAGAGCAGGACUGUAUGGUAUAUUUUCUCCUGUUCAGUGUGACUCUUUUCUUUUCUCUCUGAACUUGGACUUCUUCAACCUCACCUGUCUGUGGCCUCUCUUUUCUGUGGGUACAUUUGUUGCAAAAAAUAAUAUUAAUACUUGUUCGUUUUUAUGGGUAAUUCUAUUGCAAAGAACUAUGCUGGACAGAUUUUUUUUGUUUUUAAAUAUCCUCCUUUUUGCGGACCUCACAAAGUAAAGAGUUGUUUGGACGUGAUCAUAUCGCUGUCAGGUGUUUUCUCAGGCAGUCUCUAUGGUAUUUUCCUAAUUUAUUGCAUAACCUGACUGGUUUUGGAAUUAUGAUGCUGUAUUUCGUAAAUAUGUUAAUUCCCCGAUGGAAAAAUGAACUAAUUAUAUGGAAGUUAAUGGGUUUUAAAAAAAAUUAAAGUCAGAACUUGUAAUAUUGUUUAUUUAGGUCUAUUGAUGAGGGGGUAAAGGAUUUCAGCCAUCUACUUCAGCACUUUCUGUGUCACUGAACCAUGCGCUAAAGCUUGGUUUUAAAUCACUGCUGUACAUGAAAAAAAAGAAUAUAUUUCAUCCAACUUGCUGUGUUGGAGGCUGUGAAGGGACAACUUUUUAUUUUGACAAAAAUCAACUUGGAGAUUUUUACACUGUGGAGAGGCUCUUCCUGUUUCGUAUUUGUGUCUGUAUUUGUCACAUAGACCUGCAGGGCAUAAGCUGUCUGUCUGUCAGCCAGCUUCUCCCUCGCUGAGUGAGGUAAUCAGUUUCUGGUCUUCCCAGUGCUCCGUUAGAAAUAACUUUUACCAGUGUCCUUAAAGCAAUAAACACCUGCAAACACACACACACACACACACACACACACACACACACACACACAUACACACACCCACACAGAAGAACUCAGACACAAAGCUGGAGAAAUGAGAAGGUAAAUGACCGUUUGUUGUGUUCUGUACAGAUAUGACUUUUUAAAUAAGUGAUGAAUAAAUCAAUCAUAUGUCUGUAUACCAAAA